AUUGUAAAGUAUGACCACAGCUGCUACCGUACCGACCACGUCGACCAUUAGUGGCGGAUUCCAACCAAAGGAAAGUUUAAACCCUCGACAAUGUACAUAUUCAUAAUAACUUACUUGGACUAAAGAGGCGUCUUCAUUCCUGACAGGGACAUUUCCGUGUUACACAUAUUUUGAGAUUACAUCUAAAGAUUUUAAUUCAGAGAACCUCUUCACGGAGUGAAGUUAAGAGUUUGGACCAGCUGGCAGAAUGAAGACGCGCGACGCUUGUUUAUUUGUCGGUCCGCUACAAAGGCGCGUUUAUUUAAUCCUCGGUUUACCGAUUUUCUUCACAGCCUUUACAUUUUUCGUGGACGUGUUUACGAUACACAUUAAUUCUUGCGAUGACAAUGUAGAAAGCAAGUAUCAGAACCACACAGUUGACAGUAAUGUUACCACGAUCAGAAGUUGGACGGAGAAUCGCAGCUACCUCGCUCGUGGUCAAACGUGUCAUGAUUAUCACUUUGAACACGGACAGGCUACUUAUAUGACUGGAUUACUUAUCGGAUCUUUAUUCGGUGGCGCUUUAUCUGACAAGUAUGGAAAGAAGUUUCUCCUCAUAUGCUGCUCAGCUGUCCAUGCAGCUGCUACACUAGUCGUUGCGUUUCUGCCGUAUGUGUCUGUGUAUCUGACCGCGCGCUGCAUCACUGGAGCAGCCAGUUGUGCCAUUCACAUUUGCACCUACAGUUUAGGUGUCGAAUGGAGCUUGACGAAGUAUCGAAUCUGGCCAGCCACUGUAUUUUCAUUCACCUUCAGUGUUGGAAUGAUGGGACUGGCGGGCAUCGCUUUUUUGACCAAUGGCUGGAUGCAGUUUCAUCUGGCACUGGGCAUACCUCAGAUUAUCUUCCUUCCUCUUUAUUUCUUUCUUCCAGAAUCUCCUAGAUGGCUUCUUCUAAAUAAGAGACUGAAAACAUUAGAGAGCUAUGAAAACAGAAGUCCUGAGGACAAACACUAUCUGGGAAUGCUUUUGGGCUCAAUGGACAGCAAGAACCAGAAGUCCCACCCAGAGAAGAUCUGCACUGAAACAAAGUCUCAUUUCACCAACUUUAAAUCGCCUACUAUACUGCUGCGGCUGUUAAUCAUGAGUUACAUUGGUUUUGCGUCUGCUCUAACGUAUUAUGGGAUAUGCUUCAGUGUGGGAAGUUUUGGAGUAAAUAUCUAUCUGGCGCAGUUUUUCUCUGGACUAUCGGAGUCUCCUUCUUUGCUUCUUCCAUUUCUGUUGAAGCGAUGGGGUCGCAGGCCAUUUAGCAUGGCCUCUCUGUUCCUCAGUGGUAUUUCCUGUAUGCUGUCCCUCCUCGUCUCCCAAUUCUGUGACAUGCCUGAGCUUGUUAUGACUCUGGCUUUGAUUGGCAAGCUUUGUAUGCAGUCUACCACGUGUGUCUCUUUGCUCUAUGGCAUUGAGCUGUUUCCAACUGUAAUAAGGCAGAAGUGUGUUGGGCUUGUUAGUCUUUGUUACCGGGUGGCCUGUAUUAUAAAUGCGUUGGUGGCCCCUGUGGGUGGGGUCCCUCUGCCAGCUAUGAUCUGUUACAGCAGCGGUCCCAUCAUUGGUGCGGCCCUCUGUCUGCUUCUCCCAGAGACAAGCGGCAUCCCUUUACCAGAUACAGUACAGGACUGUGAGAGGCAGCCCAGACUGAAGCUUGCAUGCUGUGCACGAUGGCCCUUAAUCUCCACACGAGAGACAGAUGCUUCUUUUACCGAGGAGAAGGACACGCAGAGCCAGCUGGAAUGUAGUCGUCUCUCAAUACAGUUAGAAAACUGUUAACCUCUGUCUCUUUAUUGCAGAAUGUUAAUUUAUUUAGUUUUUUCUUUCUUUUUAGUCAAACAUGAAAUACAGUUGAAGUGAAGGUCUAAACAGGGUAUGUUAGCAUUUAAUAUUAGAAUACAGUGUUAGACUGUAUAUGAGAUAUUUUAACCAUAAUGAAUGUUGUACCUGGAGGAUCAUAGCAGACCAUCUGCCAAAAUGUCAUAUUUUAUUGCCAGGGCCUACACGAUGUCUUAAAACCUUCUGGGUUCUGCCAAAAGCACACACUUUUAUGUUUUUUAAGAUCCUCCUAGUUUUCUUGUAUAUUAUGUUUUGUAAAGUUUUUUGUUGGUAGUUGUUUUUAAACAAUUCAGAGAAUGGAUUUCCUGUUUUUGCCAAGCUCUUGUAUUUUCUGAGGUUAAAUUUUACUUUCAUAAAAACACCAGGGGCAAAGUCUUACUAUGUAGCAGAAAGCAGGUUGAAUCAUUUUGUUUUGAUUAAAUCUGCUUGAAUGGAUGCCAUCCAACAAUAACACGUGUGUAUGAGGAAUGAAUUAUUACUUACAUUUUUAUUAUCACAGUUGAUAUAUUCAGCGGUUCAAUGAUAUUUACAGCAUGAAAUGUUUAGGUUUUUGAAAGACAAUGAUCUAGGCAGUUGUAUAGUUGUAUAGUGCAAAAAACACAAAUUGUACAUUAAUGUUUUUAGUCAGUCCUCAAAUAUAUAUACAUAAUAUCAUAACUACGGCAUUUUCAUUAUCGAACAUUAUACAGUAUAUGGCAACACAAUGCGUUUAAGAAUCAGGUGAUGUAAACUAUUGAACAAUAGGCCCAGUGUUAAUUGUUAUCAGUAUUUUUUAGUAAUGUCCUUCAAAUGCUAUAAUAAUAAUAAUAUACACCAAUCAUUCUGUCCAAAGCUUUACAAAACUUUGUAUGUACAGUAUACCUUUGCUGUCAUACAUGUGACCCUGCCUGUGAAAACCAGACUAAAGUCUCAAAAUCUAACCAUCAGUGUCUCAUUAAUUUCACUGUAAUUUCAAUGAUUGACAUGGUCUUACGCAGUCAAAGAUAUCAAGGUUAUAUUUUUACAGAAUGUUUUUAUAACGCAUAGGAUGAUUUUAUGUUAAAGUUGACGAAGUAAUAACUUAUUAAGAUCCAAGUACAUCACGUAUAUGCACGUUAAGAACGAUAGCGCCUCCGGAUCACAGAUUAACUUUUCCCAAAUGUGACAAAUUUUCAGUUAAGACCUAAUGCAAGAAAGAACAUACAAUUAAAUGACAUUCUGUGCAGACAGACAUAUGCAGACCUGUAAGGCAAAAUCUAUGAUACAAAGUAUAAUUACACAUUUUUGACAACAUUGAACUUGAUUUCCAAAUAAAAACUGUCUUGAAUGUUUAAUAGAACUAUUAGCUAUAGCUCUUAAUAGCAGCAAACAUAAACUAGAGUAAAGGAGCUUCCUCUUUGAUUGCUUGGCUAUCCUAUGACACCC